ACGUCGAUGUGACAGUGUUUCGAUUCGAAGUCAAUACAAGUGAUCAAAGAAUAUUGAAUUGAUUAUUAAUUAUUGAUAUAAUUUUUCAUUCAAGCUGGCAUCGCGAAGAUUGUUCCUUGUUGGUUUCCACAGUUAUUCGCCAACGCUACUCUACCGUGCUUUUUCCAAUAGGUUAUAUCUUUUUACCUUAUUAUUACGUCUGUUUUGACUAACUUAACCACUAUUUUGUGGGUUAGAUUAUUUGUGUGUGAACGUGAGUUUGUCAACUUGCUACGCGAACCUCGCGAACUGUUGGACGUCGUUCGCUGCAGCACAGCAGCAUGCCGGCGGGCGGAUGCGCGCGGUCGCCGGGCGCGGCGCCCCCCGCCCCCGCGAGCCCCGCCACCGCCGGGGCCCCCGCAGCCCCCGGAGCCCCCGGGGCCCCAGUGACACCCUCGAACCCCGCAGCCAGCGCCGCGGUGGUCAAGCGGUACGAUGAUAUCAUCAAGAGCCCGGAGGACAGGCGCGUCUACAGAGGCCUCCAGCUGGCUAACAAUCUCAAAGUGUUGCUGGUCAGUGACCCCAGCACUGACAAGUCGGCCGCCGCUAUGGACGUUAACGUCGGUUACCUGAGCGACCCGGACGAGUUGCCCGGGCUGGCGCACUUCUGCGAGCACAUGCUGUUCCUCGGCACCGAGAAGUAUCCAGAGGAGAACGAGUACAACAAGUUCCUGUCCGAGCACGGCGGCUCCUCCAACGCCUCCACCUCCUCCGACCACACCACGUUCUACUUCGACGUGCUGCCGCAGCACCUUGGUGGCUCAGUGCCGUCACACGCGACCGCUUCCAGUUUCGCGCAGUUCUUCAUAUCGCCGCUGUUCACCGAGUCGGCGACGGGCCGCGAGCUGAGCGCGGUGCACUCGGAGCACGAGAAGAACCGCUCCAGCGACACCUGGCGCCUGGAGCAGCUGCACAAGAGCACCGCCGACCCGACGCACCCCUACCACAAGUUCGGCACCGGUAACCGCGAGACGCUGGAAACGAUUCCGGCGCAGCGCGGCAUAGAUGUUCGCGCAGCGCUGCUCGACUUCCACAAGCGGUGGUACUCCGCUAACAUUAUGGCGCUCGUUGUCGUUGGACGCGAGUCGCUGGACGAGCUGGAGCAGCUGGUGGGCGCGCUGUUCGGCGCGGUGCGCGACGCGGGCGUGGCGGCGCCGCGCUGGGCGGAGCACCCGCUGCCGGCGGAGCGCCUGCGCAAGCGCGCCUACUGCGAGCCCGUCAAGGAUCUGCGCUCGCUCUCCAUCGACUUCCCCGUACCGGACACGCGCCACCACUACAAGAGCGGGCCGGGGCACUACUUGUCCCACCUGCUGGGGCACGAGGGCCCGGGCAGCCUCCUCGCGGAGCUCAAAGCGCGCGGCUGGUGUAACAGUCUGGUGGGCGGCACUCGGCUGGGCGCUCGCGGCUUCGGCUUCUUCGGAGUCCAGGUGGACCUCACUGAGGACGGCGUCAAGCACGUCGACGAUAUCGUCACACUCGUGUUUCAGUACAUAGCGCUGGUGCGCAGCUCGGGCCCGGUGCGCUGGGUGUGGGACGAGCAGCGCGAGCUGAUGGCGCUCGACUUCCGCUUCCGCGACACGCUCGAGCCGCGCACGCUCGCGCUCGCGCACGUGCACCAGCUGCAGGAGUUCCCGAUGCAAGACGUGCUGAGCGCGUACUACCUGCUGUCGGACUGGCGGCCCGACCUCAUCAGCGACAUGCUCCAGCUGCUCACCCCCGACCGCGUGCGCAUCGCCGUCGUCGCCAAAUGCUUCGCGGAGAAAUGCACGCAGACGGAGCCGUGGUACGGCACCAAAUAUCUGCAAGAGGACAUCGAGGAAGAGAAACUCAAGCCGUCACACGCGACCGCUUCCAGUUUCGCGCAGUUCUUCAUAUCGCCGCUGUUCACCGAGUCGGCGACGGGCCGCGAGCUGAGCGCGGUGCACUCGGAGCACGAGAAGAACCGCUCCAGCGACACCUGGCGGCUGGAGCAGCUGCACAAGAGCACCGCCGACCCGACGCACCCCUACCACAAGUUCGGCACCGGUAACCGCGAGACGCUGGAAACGAUACCGGCGCAGCGCGGCAUAGAUGUUCGCGCGGCGCUGCUCGACUUCCACAAGCGGUGGUACUCCGCUAACAUUAUGGCGCUCGUUGUCGUUGGACGCGAGUCGCUGGACGAGCUGGAGCAGCUGGUGGGCGCGCUGUUCGGCGCGGUGCGCGACGCGGGCGUGGCGGCGCCGCGCUGGGCGGAGCACCCGCUGCCGGCGGAGCGCCUGCGCAAGCGCGCCUACUGCGAGCCCGUCAAGGAUCUGCGCUCGCUCUCCAUCGACUUCCCCGUGCCGGACACGCGCCACCACUACAAGAGCGGGCCGGGGCACUACUUGUCCCACCUGCUGGGGCACGAGGGCCCGGGCAGCCUCCUCGCGGAGCUCAAAGCGCGCGGCUGGUGUAACAGUCUGGUGGGCGGCACUCGGCUGGGCGCUCGCGGCUUCGGCUUCUUCGGAGUCCAGGUGGACCUCACUGAGGACGGCGUCAAGCACGUCGACGAUAUCGUCACACUCGUGUUUCAGUACAUAGCGCUGGUGCGCAGCUCGGGCCCGGUGCGCUGGGUGUGGGACGAGCAGCGCGAGCUGAUGGCGCUCGACUUCCGCUUCCGCGACACGCUCGAGCCGCGCACGCUCGCGCUCGCGCACGUGCACCAGCUGCAGGAGUUCCCGAUGCAAGACGUGCUGAGCGCGUACUACCUGCUGUCGGAGUGGCGGCCCGACCUCAUCAGCGACAUGCUCCAGCUGCUCACCCCCGACCGCGUGCGCAUCGCCGUCGUCGCCAAAUGCUUCGCGGAGAAAUGCACGCAGACGGAGCCGUGGUACGGCACCAAAUACCUGCAAGAGGACAUCGAGGAAGAGAAACUCAAGGAAUGGAGGGAGGCCAAGCCGCCGCCCAGCCUGCACCUGCCGCCGCCCAACGAGUUCAUCCCCAGCCGGCUCGAGCUGGAGACGGAGCCCGACCCCACCGCGGACGCCGUGGCGCCGGUCAUCAUCAGGGACACGCCGCUGCUGCGCGCCUGGUACAAGCGAGACAACGAGUUCAAGUUGCCAAAGGCCUUCAUUACGCUGGAUUUGGUCAGCCCGCUGUGCUACGCGUCGCCGGCGCAGUGCAACCUGUGCACGCUGUGGGCGGCGCUGGCGCGCGACGCGCUGCAGCAGCUCGCCUACGCGGCCGACCUCGCCUCGCUGCGCGCCAGCCUCGCCAACGGCAAGCACGGCCUCAGCAUAACGAUAGAGGGCUAUGACGACAAGCAGGCGGUUCUGCUGGACAAGGUGCUGUCGCGCGUGAUCGACUUCAAGGCGGACCCCAAGAGGUUUGCCAUCAUGAAGGAGAACCACAUCCGGGCGAUAAAGAACUUCGAGGCGGAGCAGCCGUACCAGCACGCGGUGUACCAGCAGGCGCUCUGCCUCUCCGAGUUCGUUUGGACGAGAAGUGAGCUGCUGGAUGCUGCUCAUGAUCUGACGGCGGAGAUGCUGGACGAGUUCGUGCGGCGCGUGUGCCGCGCGCUGCACGCGGAGGCGCUGCUGGUGGGCAACCUCACGCGCGCGCGCGCCGACCGCAUCGUCGACAUGCUGCACGAUAAGAUCCCAAAGGACGCGACGCCUCUACUUGCCCAACAGCUACUUCUCUGCCGAGAAGUAGAACUUGACAAAGGGUCGUGGUACCUGCGCGAGACGCAGCACGUUGUGCACGCGUCGUCGUGCGCGUCGCUGUACCUGGCGUGCGGGCCGCGCGCCGCGCGCGCCAACGUCGCGCUCGAGCUGCUCGCGCACGCGCUCAGCGAGCCCUGCUUCCACGUGCUGCGCACGCAGGAGCAGCUCGGCUACAUCGUGUUCAGCGGCGUGCGGCGCGCCAACGGGGCGCAGGGCCUGCGCGUGCUCGUGCAGAGCGAGCGCCACCCGCGACACCUCGAGCGCCGCAUCGACGCCUUCCUCGCCUCCGCGCUCGGCUACCUGGAGAAGAUGAGCGAGGAGGAGUUCCGCAAGCACCGCGCGGCGCUCGCGGCGCAGCGCCUCGAGCGGCCCAAGCGGCUCGCCGGCAAGGCGGCGCAGCUCUGGAGCGAGAUCACCUCGCAGAUGUACAACUUCGACCGCGCGCGGCUCGAGGUGGAGGAACUCAACACCAUCACCAAGGAGGAGCUGAUCGAGUUCUUUAAGAAGCACAUCCACUGCUCGUCGCCGACGCGCCGCAAGCUGUCGGUGCACGUGGUGUCGGUAGCGCCCGGCGGCGCUGGGCACCCCGACGCCGACAACGACGCAGACGCCGACGCCGACGCUGACAAACCGACUGACGCGCAGGAUGGGGAGGCACAGAGCACUGAGAGACAGGUGAGGAUUCGACACUGUCCGGCUCUAACAAGCUCUUUCUUGUGA